AUGGCGACGGCGCUUCCGUCCCCACCUUUCUACGAGGUCCCCAACCUGAAUAAUUUCCGGGAUGCGGCGCUCGCUUGUGGCGGGCUGAAGACGAAAGAUGGGCGGAAAGUUCGAGAGGGUGUGCUGUUUCGGAGUGCCGAGGUUAGCAAGGUUGAUGGGGAGGGGUGGAGGGCGGUGCAUGAUAUUGGGGUCGCGCAUGUAUUUGAUUUAAGAAGCAAGCAAGAAGUUGACAAGGGGUGGGCCGGCGUCACUGGCGAGGGGGGGAAUAGCGGAGGGGAUGUGGCACAUGGCUGGGAGGAAAGCUUGAAAGGUGCGGGCGUGAAGAGGACUUGGGUGCCCGUGUUCAAGGUGGAAGAUUACAGCCCUGAGAAGCUUGCCGAGCGGUACAUGAAAUAUCUCGACGAAGACGUCCAAGGCUUCGUCUCAGCCUACCACGACAUCCUUACCGACGGCGGCCCAGCUUUUCGCACCAUUCUGCUGUAUUUAGCAUCCCUUCCACCGCCCAGUGAGGAUUCCCAAGCCAAAAAUGGCGCCCUCAUCCACUGCACCGCCGGCAAAGACCGCACAGGCAUGUUCUUCGGGCUUGUUCUUAGCUUCUUGGGCGUGCCUGACCAGCAAAUCGCGGAUGAGUACCAGCUCACCGAGCCAGGACUCAAGCACAUCUACGAGUCUGUUGUACCGCGACUGAUGGCGAGCCCAGCGUUCGAGAAGUAUCAGUCGGAGAAGCUAGAUGGACAGGGCAAGGAGGAGGGGAGACAGGCGGCACUGAGGAUGCUAGGGGCGAAGAGGGAGAGUAUGUUGGAGGCGUUGGAGAUGCUGAGGAGGGAGUGGGGAAGUGCGGAGGAGUACAUGCGUAAAGUUUGUGGAUUGCAAGGUGGGGAGUUGGAGGCUUUGAAGAGGAAAUUGGUUGUAGAUGCGUGA